CGAAAUCUGAAAAAGUGGGUGGUGCUUUUUCGGCAAAUGGCGCACGUAAGCGCAUGAAACGCGAAGAAUCGCUUUGAAAACUGUCAGCUUUUUAGCAAAUUUACCGGAAAGUUUUGCAAGUCCGUCGGCGAUUCGAGAUUCCAGGAAGAAGAUUGACAGUGAGCUGGUGGAGUGAUAAGGCGGCAAGAUGCCGGCAGUGCGAGGCGAUGGCAUGCGAGGGCUGGCGGUCUUCAUCUCCGAUAUCAGAAAUUGCAAGAGCAAAGAGGCUGAAAUAAAGCGUAUUAACAAAGAGUUAGCCAACAUCCGAAGCAAGUUCAAAGGAGAUAAGACUCUCGACGGAUACCAAAAGAAGAAGUAUGUCUGCAAGCUCUUGUUUAUUUUCCUGCUCGGCCACGACAUCGACUUUGGCCACAUGGAAGCAGUCAAUCUGCUCUCCUCCAACAAAUAUUCUGAGAAGCAAAUCGGCUAUCUCUUCAUAUCUGUUCUGGUCAACACGAGGAGUGACCUGAUCAAUCUCAUCAACCAAAGCAUCAAAAACGAUCUGCAGUCUAGGAACCCUAUCCAUGUCAAUCUUGCACUCCAGUGCAUUGCUAACAUUGGCAGCAAAGAGAUGGCGGAGGUUUUUGGUCAUGAUAUUCCCAAACUCCUUGUGUCAGGAGAUACGAUGGACGUUGUGAAACAGUCGGCAGCUCUUUGCUUACUCAGGUUAUUCAGAACCUCUCCAGAAAUCAUUCCAGGGGGCGAGUGGACCUCUCGAAUCAUCCAUCUGCUGAACGAUCAGCACAUGGGUGUUGUCACUGCUGCAACCAGCUUCAUCGACGCUCUGGUCAAAAAGAACCCGGAUGAGUACAAAGGCUGCAUCAGCUUGGCUGUUUCAAGGCUCAGCAGGAUUGUCACUGCCAGCUACACAGAUCUUCAAGACUACACAUACUACUUUGUACCAGCGCCAUGGUUGUCUGUAAAAUUAUUGAGGCUUUUGCAGAAUUAUUCACCACCUGACGAUCCAGGUGUAAGGGGUAGGUUAAUUGAGUGCUUGGAGACCAUCCUCAACAAAGCCCAGGAACCUCCAAAGUCGAAAAAAGUGCAACACUCAAAUGCCAAAAAUGCCGUGCUUUUUGAAGCAAUAAGUCUCAUCAUUCACAUGGACAGUGAGCCAAACUUGCUAGUACGAGCUUGCAACCAGCUUGGCCAAUUCCUAUCAAAUCGUGAGACCAACUUGAGAUACUUGGCUCUGGAGUCAAUGUGCUUACUUGCGACAUCCGAGUUUUCUCAUGAUGCUGUAAAAAAACACCAAGAAGUCGUCAUAUUAUCCAUGAAGAUGGAGAAAGAUGUCUCUGUACGACAACAAGCUGUUGACUUGUUAUAUGCUAUGUGUGAUAAGACCAACGCUGAGGAAAUUGUGCAAGAAAUGUUGAACUACUUGGAAACUGCAGAUUACUCCAUCAGAGAGGAAAUGGUUUUGAAAGUGGCUAUUUUGGCUGAGAAAUAUGCAACUGAUUACACAUGGUAUGUGGACGUGAUCCUGAACCUGAUCCGCAUUGCUGGGGACUAUGUCUCGGAGGAAGUUUGGUACCGUGUCAUCCAAAUUGUCAUCAACCGAGAUGACGUUCAGGGUUAUGCAGCCAAAACUGUUUUUGAGGCUUUGCAAGCACCAGCCUGCCAUGAGAACAUGGUCAAAGUGGGCGGCUACAUCCUUGGCGAGUUUGGAAACUUGAUAGCUGGUGACCAGAGGUCUUCGCCGUCGGUUCAGUUUCAACUUCUGCACUCCAAGUACCAUUUGUGCUCGCCGAUGACCAGGGCCUUACUGCUCUCGACGUACAUAAAGUUUGUCAACCUCUUCCCAGAAAUUAAGGGUCAGAUCCAGGAGGUCUUUAAGCAGCAUAGCAAUCUCCGCAGCGCUGACGCCGAAUUGCAGCAGAGAGCAUCUGAAUACCUCCAGCUCAGCAUAAUUGCCUCCCAUGACAUGCUUGCUACGGUGCUGGAGGAGAUGCCUGUGUUCCCGGAGCGUGAAUCCUCAAUUUUGGCGGUGCUAAAGAAGAAGAAGCCUGGCCGCGUACCUGAGAACGAGAUUCGAGAACAUAAAAGUCCUGUUCCUGGCGCCACAGCCAACCAUUCGGAAGAAAGAUCUGCGGCUAAAACAGUUUCUGCCAACACUUCAGCAGACCUGUUGGGUCUGUCUACACCACCAGCAGCCCCUGCUGCUGGCAACACAGGUGUCCUGGUUGACAUGCUUGGAGAGCUUUAUAAUUCAGGGUCUCCCCAGCCACACUCCAACAAUGUUGCUGCACAAAACGCUUACAAUCCUGCCAAAUUUGUUUGUAAAAACAAUGGCGUACUCUUUGAGAACGAUCUGAUCCAAAUUGGAGUCAAGUCUGAGUUUAGACAAAAUCUCGGCCGCCUAACUCUCUUCUAUGGCAACAAAACGUCAGCCACUCUUCAAAACUUUGCUGCCGUCGUUUCCAAUCCACCAGAGUGUAUUGGAAAAUUAAACGUGCAGAGCAAAAAGGUUGACCCAGCAAUUGAAGCAGGCGCUCAAGUGCAACAAAUGGUCAAUGCUGAGUGUGCAGAAGAUUAUCCAGACGCACCGGGCUUGGCCAUAACUUUCAUGUGUAAUGGAACACCACAAAAAUUAAGUCUGAGGCUUCCACUCACUGUCAACAAGUUCUUCGAGCCUACCGAAAUGACGGGCGAAGUGUUCUUUGCCAGGUGGAAAAACCUUGGCGGAAAUCAGCAACGCUCGCAAAAAAUCUUCAAAGCCUCACAGCCGAUGGACAUAACUGCCAUUCGCACGAAGUUGAUCGGUUUUGGAAUGCAGCUGCUUGAUGGCAUCGACCCCAAUCCUGAGAACUUUGUCUGUGCAGGCAUCAUCCACACAAGCAUGCAGCAGAUUGGAUGCCUCCUGAGAUUAGAGCCCAACAAGCAAGCACAGGCGUCUAACGGAUUUUAUGAUUCGCCAACCAACAUUGAUAUGUUCAGGCUGACGGUGCGUUCCAGUAAAGAAUCCGUAGCAAUUGCCGUGUGCGACCUUCUGGUGGAUCAGUUCUAGAAAGUAAGCCAAUGAGUAACAAACUAUACGAGAGUUGUUUCUGUCUAAAAUAUUCUCUUAUCAAACUGCGUAAGGUGUUAUAAAAAAUUGAUUGUUUGUCAACACUUCAACUAUUCGAUCCCCUACGUAAGCCAUGAAUGUACACACUCUGUAUAUGCGAAAACUGAGAGAGAGAGGAAACCCCCCAAAUGCUGGUGGAGCGUCAUAAUUUUUUGAGCACAAACGUGAUUUUGUUAGUAUCUAAUCCAAAUCAAUAGAAAAAAAUCUGCAGGAAAGGGAACAAGAAUGGUGUAUACAAUUUUUCCUCCUAGCCUUUUAUCCUUAGUGCUCAAUACCCAUGGCAAAAUAGCAGAACAAUAAUUUUUGUGGCGUGUUUGAAGGUAUAAAAAUUUGAAAAAUAUUUGCAAGUGCAAUGCCCGUGCAUACUGUAUUUAUUGUCUGCACCAAAAAUGAAGAAAAGACACAAUGGUGGUGAAUGGUCUAGUAAUGAUCGAUACUUUUACUAUUUGCUUUCAGUGAUAUUUGUUAUUGUGUGGUUGAAUCCUUUUCCUGAAUGGCUGGCUAAAGAAAAUUUACACAUUUGUGGCUGUGUAAAACAAGCUCGCGUGAGUGUCGGGUGUAGAGGACGCAUGCAUUUUAUUGAGUAAAUCGCCAAAAAUAACGUCUGGAAUCGAAGCAAGCCAUGAAAGAGUUGAUCACAGGAUAAUUAAAAAUAUUUGUCAAACGGAUGAAAAGUCUGUAGAAUGGGAAGAGUGCGUUGUUUUCGCUUCCUCUUUUUACUUUUUAUUGUUAAAUGUUAUCGGAUGAUUGAAUAUAUGAAACUGAUAUUCUGUAACGCUAAUUGCGAGUAAGCAAGGACAUGAAUUUACCUAUUAUGCAUGUAGCGAAGUAUUUAGUUUUUGAUUUGCAUCGGAGUAAAUAUUGCGAGUUUUUUUAAUUCAUUUGCUCAACUCAAAAGUUUGAACUUGUAUAUGCAAAUAGGCAAAAUCAUCAUUGUACAUUAAGAUCGAAAGUCUUAUUAAAUUUAAUUCCUUUAUACAUAACUCUUCAAGGACAGCUAUGAAGACGAUGCUUUUCUAAAGAAUUGGUUAUUGUUAUAAAAGAUAAACUUAUCAUGUUACUGAUGCAGGUUUUUCGCUCAUAUUGAUUUUUCUAUUUUUGAUCAUUCAACAUUCCAUUAAAUGCAAACAGAACUUAUUCAGUGACUUAAAGAUGUUCUGCAAAAGAUGAAGGAUUUUGGUUUUGAACUGAGAACGAGUGUCUCGCUCGAUCGUCACGAAAAACUAUAUCAAUAUUGUGUAAUUGGCUAUAACCAAAAAGUAAAAAAAAAAGAAAACUGAGAACCUAGUUUAAAAUAGGUACAUGAGUUGUUAGAUUCAAAGUUGUAGUGGAAAAACUAUAUGCAAAAAUGUAAUGAUAUGAAAUAAAAUAUAUUGUAAAGUUAGAA